AGGCUGGUCUGGAGCGGGUCUGAGAGGAGCCUGGCUCUGGUUUGGAGCGGAUUUGUCCCGGUUUGGAGCUGGUUUGUAACGGGUGUGGACCGCUGGGAAAGAAAGAAGGAGUGAAAGUUUGCUUCAGCUUCGGUUCACGUCUCUGCAGCACUGUCGUCAGUCAUGUUCCGGUAGAGACCGGCUCCACGGCGCCCACCAUGCGGAAGCAUCUGGACAGGAUCCGGUUCCGGGGCCAGAGACGAGACGAGUUCCUGGAUCUGGCCGAGUCGCCCAACACGUCUGACACAGAAUGCACUGAGGAGUUUGUGAUUAAACCCCGCGUCUCUGUCAGAGAGUUGGAGGAGCUGAGGGAGGCGGAGGGAGAGCAGCAGAGUGACGCUCAGGCUGGUCCAGGAUCAUUUUCUGCAGCUCUCCAAGAAGACCAGAGGACAGAUCUCAACGAGGUCAAAGGUCACCUAGAAAUCGCCUUGUUAGAGAAACACUUCUUACAGGAGGAGCUGAGGAAACUUAAAGAGGAGUCCAACGUGGAUUCAAUGAGACAGGAGCUGGAGAGGGAGCGCAGCAGAUGCAACGAGCUGGAGCAGAAGAUCAACGACAUCUUGAGAUCCAGUCUUGAAGACUCACCUUCUCAGACACCUAAAGCCCCGCCCCCACCCGCUCCCCCACCGGCAGUCAGCGGUACAGACAAACAGAAGGACACUCUGUCCAACAGCUUCCUGAAAUGGCUUUAUGAUCGUUUUGGCGUUUAUAUCGAGGACUUCCGCUUCCAACCGGAGGAGCAGACGGUGGAGACGGAGGAGCCGCUGAGUGCCAAGAGGUUGACUGAAAACAUGAGACGGCUCAAACGAGGAUUCAAACCUGUGACCAACUUCAAGAGGAACCUUACUGCCUUAUCCAGCUGGUACUCCGUCUACACAUCGGCCAUUGCCUUCAUUGUCUACAUGUAUGCAGCGUGGCAUGGCUGGGCCAUCCCCAUGUUCCUGUUCCUCGCCAUCAUCCGCUUGUCCUUGAAUUACCUCAUCGCCAGAGGCUGGAGGAUCCAGUGGAGCAUCGUACCUGAAGUCUCAGAGCCCGUGGAGCCUCCUAAAGAAGACCUGACUGUGUCGGAGAAGUUCCAGCUGGUUCUGGACGUCGCUCAGAAAGCUCAGAAUCUGUUUGGGAAGAUGGCCAACAUCCUGGAGAAAAUAAAGAAUCUGUUCAUGUGGGUUCAGCCAGAGUUGACUCAGAAGCUGUACGUUGGUCUGUUGGUGGCCUUCAUCUCCUCCUGCCUGCUGCCGUACAAACUGCUGGGAUUCUUCAUAGGUGUAUACGCAGGUAUAAAGUUCUUCAUCAUCGACUUCAUCUUUAAGAGUUGUCCCAAGCUGAGGCAACGCUAUGACACCCCCUACAUCAUCUGGACCAAUUUACCCACCGACCUGCAGCUGAAGGAGCGCAGCAGCAACACCACCAGCAGACGGGUUCCUGUGUCCGGGGGCCGAAGCACCUUAGGCGCUGCAGCUCCUCUGGGUGUCAGCCGGGACGAGGACGGAGGACGAUACUACAGCACCAAGAGAGGAGCUUUUCACGAAGUCUUCAACCUGCCGGAGAGUGAGCGCCCUCUGACAGUGUGUGAGAACGGCUGGCGCUGCUGCCUCAUCAACAGAGACAGGAAGACACCGACAGACUACAUCCGCAACGGAGUCCUCUACGUCACUGAGAAGCAUCUGUGUUUCGAGAGCUCCAGCUCCAGGUCUGGAUCCUCCAAGAGGAACAAAGUCAUCAAACUCAAAGACAUCACCGACAUCCAGAAGUACAAAGUUCUGUCUGUGCUUCCUGGUUCUGGGAUGGGUAUCUCCAUAGCGACGCCAUCCACCCUGAAGCCGAUGGUGUUCGGUGCGAUGAUCCACAGAGACGAGGCCUUCGACGUCAUCAACACUCAGUACCUGAAGAUCGUUACCAUGGCUACAGCCACCAACCCAGAGCCAUAGGCUGUGUUCAAAAAUCACUCCCUAUUUACUAUAUAGUGCACUAUAUUUACUGUCUGCCAUUUUAUUUGGGUGUCUGAGUGUGGAAAUGCACUAUACAGUGCCCGCAAAAAUUCCACACUGGAAUGAAAAAAGUACUGUCCAUGGCAUUAACACUGUCACUUUUUUCACCAGUGACAUCUUCAAACCGCUGCAGUUCUGCUUUCGUAUGAUUAGGGUUACCUCUUCAGUCAUCAAACUAAAUGAUUCAGUGACAUUAAAUCACUGUUUAAUAUUAUAUUAAUAUCAGCCG